GCAUGAGUUCUCCACAAGCUCUUAAUAUCAUAUUCCAAUUUCCCCUCUUUGUUCAAUUUCAACACUUAUCUUUAUUGUACCUUAAUUUGUCCUUCAAUAUGGCCUCCCAAAUUGGAGCAAAAACUAAUGGAAUUUCACCAAACAAUUUUCAAAUUGAGAUUCCAAUACAUACCAAAAGUGUUGAAAAAGAAAGCAACAUUGACUACUUUCAAAGGGCACAGUGGCUUAGAGCAGCCAUGUUAGGAGCCAAUGAUGGAUUAAUCACUGUUGCCUCAUUGAUGAUUGGUGUUGGAGCUAUAAAAGAAGAUAUCAGUGUAAUGCUCCUUGCUGGUUUCGCCGGUUUAGUAGCCGGUGCUUGUAGCAUGGCUAUUGGUGAAUUUGUGUCUGUUUAUACUCAAUAUGACAUUGAGAUAGCUCAAAUUAAAAGAGAAAGAGAAUUAGCAAAUAAUAAUAAUGAUGAAGAUGAAAGUAGUGAAAGGGAGAAAUUGCCAAAUCCAUUUCAAGCAGCAUUAGCAUCAGCACUUGCAUUUUCUGUUGGUGCACUAAUGCCAUUGUUAGCAGCUGCAUUUAUAAAGAAUCAUAAGAUUAGAAUGGGUGUUGUUGCUGCUGUGGUGAGUUUUGCAUUGUUGGUGUUUGGUUCAGUAGGAGCAUUGAUUGGAAAAACUCCAGUUAUGAGGUCUUGUGUUAGAGUGCUUAUUGGAGGUUGGAUGGCUAUGGCUAUUACUUUUGGUUUCACCAAAUUGAUUGGCACCACUGGACUUUGACUUGAAAAUUAGUUGUAACAUUAAAAUUGUCAAAAAAAUGUGUUACUUUUUUUUCUAA